AUGGUCAGUUCUGUGGUUGUCCAGGAGAUGGUUAACCAAAUUCUAUCUGGUCUGGUUCACAGGUAUGAGGGCAAAGAAGACUCAAAUCAAAAUGAUAACUUAGAGAGGCUGGAGAGGCACACAUCAAGCGGGAGGCUGGUCUUGAGACAUCCAAAGAUAAUCGUUGAAGAAGAACAGAUGGAACAUGAGGUGAGGAAUUCUUCCUUUCCUAGACGAAUAGCACAUGCUACCAAAUCUUUUAUUUUCUCUUCCUUUGGCCGCAACAACUAUGAGUCCAGCAGAUCUAUUGUUAGAAGAUUCGAGUGGUUUGCAGAUAGUGCUAGUGAGUUUUUGAGAUUCAUAGAGCUUGGUGGCACACCAUCCCAUCAGAUGUCAUUCAACUCUUUUGUCAAGCACCUUUUUGCAGGCAGGGAACUACAACACAAAAUUGUCCGCGGAAAUGAGUACCCUUUGUUUCUACUAUGGUUGGUGCCCUUUGCUACAAAAGAGCAUGGAAUAAAAGUUUGCUUGGUAUUUAUCAAGAAAGACAGAAAUACACUUGAAGAUAACUUCUUUCUUGGUGCAAUGCUGCAGAUAUCAGAAAGCACAGACAUUGUUGGGACCGUAGUGAACUGCCUGCAGCUCUUCCCUCCUUGUUUCCAGCCUACAGUUGAAACCAUCAAGAAAGAGCUCACUCAGCUGCCUACACUGGACUUCUCAUGGGUGCCAUAUGUUGAUCUAUGGCACAGAAAACACUGGGACAAUCUUCAUAGUUUUAGCACUCAAUGGUUUCGUCCAGACCCGUUAUGUUGCAAGCAGCAUGAUCAGCAUAAGUGUCAGAUCUCACUAUCCGAGUACAAUAAACAACGGACCUCACUGUCUGAAUACAAAUAUUCUCUGCGCGAUUAUCAAAAGCUGAAAGCUGGACUCCUCUUUACUCCCCAUGGUUCUUCAGAAAACAUGCUACCUGCGGAUAGAAGUUCUACAAUGGCUCUUAUCUUCAGGAGGGGACAACAUUGCGAGCAUACUGACAUUACCUUGGAACAACUGAAAGAAAUCAUGCUGCCAAAUGCGAUAGAUUACUUCCAACAAAACACUGAAGCGACAGUCUACCAAAUACUUUGGAAGGCUAUACAUGGCACUGCAUACGUUCAUUUUGGAAAGCCAAGCAUGGAGGCUCCAGGUGCACGGACAACUUUUAAGGGAGCUAGGAAAAGAAAACUGGUGCAACAAAAGGAUCAGGAGGUGCAGCACCGGACACGUAUGAUCUCUCACUUGAUCGACUUAUGGGGUGCACAUGCUCCCGUUCGGCUACAAGGCUUGAUCUUGGACUGGAUUCAAAAAGAAAAGGAAAGUCAGUUAGCAGUACCAGUGCACCACUGCUGCACCUGA